GAGUCAUUUCUGUAUCUUUGACAUCUGCAAUCCGAUCUAUGUACUCCUAACUAUCCGUUGUUGCGAGAGUAUACGCCUGCAACUCCCUCGGGCAGCGAGCGCAGCACGACCUUGGCUAAGCUUUCCCCAACAAUUCACAAGCUCGACCGAUACAAUCAUACGAUAUUGAGGUUGAGGACAGACCGUUGCAAAGUCCAGCAUGGCUCCGUUGCGGCAUGACCUAGCAUACCUUACGCGACGAGCGAUGGUUACCGCAGGUCCAGUCCUGAUCCGUGACCACCUACUCUCCGGUCGCAACUUGUCAGUGCGAGGAGCGCAAGGCGUGACAUUGGGUGUCAUUGCAGCAUACGUUGUGAUCAUUGCCCUGCUCUGGAACAUUCCGUAUGUUCGUUACGUGCUAUGGCCGUUCAAGAUGUUGGUUAUUGCAUUCCACGAAUUCAGCCACGCAAUAACAGCGUGCUGUACCGGCGGCCGUGUCGAGUCAAUAUCGCUCGACCCUCAUGAGGGCGGCGUAACUCACAUGCGAGGCGGCAUAAGCGCCAUCACCCUACCAGCAGGCUACCUUGGGUCGUCAAUCAUCGGCGCCUUACUCACCUUCUGCGGGUUCGACAUUGUCGCCAGCAAGGUCGCCAGCAUAGUGCUCGGAGUCUGCUUCCUAUUGACGCUAUGGUGGGGCAAGAAAGACUGGCUAACGGUCCUUACUGUCUUGCUCGCGGUCGGCUUACUAGUCGGCUUCUGGUUCAUUGCCCAUGCUGAGCCUUUGCGCUGGCUCGUGUUGUUCAUUGGAGUCAUGUCGUCGCUCUACAGCGUCUGGGACAUCUGCGAUGACCUGAUCUUCCGGAAGGUCAACAGCUCUGAUGCGAGCCAGUUCGCGAAGCGCUAUGGUGGUUCGGCGCAAUGUUGGGGUAUUGUUUGGUCGUUGAUCUCUAUUUGCAUUAUGGCGGUUGGAAUCAUUGCGGGUAUUGCAGCAUUUCCUGAGACGUUUGCGCAGCAGGAGCAGGACUCCGAGCACUUCGCGCCCACGAGAUGAUAGGCAAUAGUAUUGUCAAAACCCACGACUCACGGUUUAAAGUGAUGUUCGUGCGACGUUCUGAUUGUGUUCCGUCGCUAGCAGGACUAGGCUAGAGAUUCACUGCAACC